AUGUCUAAAAUUUCAGAACUGCCGGAAUAUGAGGAAGGAAGUAGUGAAUCGGAGUCAGAUUCUUCUAAUUCAUGUUCUACCACCUUAAAGGCGACUGCAAGCCCAUAUGUUGAUGAAUAUGACUCGGAUGGAUAUAAUACUUCAGGUAAAGAGGAAUGUACUAAUUUCUCAUCGUCUAACUUAUAUAUACCUCUGUCAAAAGUGAACUACUUUCCUCUGGUUAGUGAUAAUAGCUCAUCUGUAAUAGUUUGCUUGCGAAACCAGGAACGCCUGAUGAUUUCAGGUACGUUUCGUGUACAGGUUUUGAAAGGAGGUUUCACCUAUAACUCAGUACAUUAUAAUGCGGGGGUCCAUUCUUUUGAAUAUUGGCAUCCAAUAUCGGAUUCUAUAACACCAAUUGUGUCGUCCUUUUAUGCUAAUUGGACGGAACGUCUUUUCGAUAUCCCGUCAAUAUUGCCAGCAGAGACUGUUAAGGAAUAUUUGUGUAUUCUAAAAAUAACUAAUGGACCGAAUAUCAACGCUAUUGGUGCUCUUACUUCUGAGUUGGGACAGCUCUGGGCAAAACGCGCAGCAUCGACCAAUACGACUUUUACCAUAUUAAAUGAGCAAGAAACUUCCGCUCGCGAACUAACGAUUAGCAAAGAAUGGGCUAAUAUUUUGGAUGAAUUAUCACUUUUUCAUCAAAAUUGCGAGUCUGACAUGCGUGUGUUAUGUAUCGGUGGUAAGAACAGCGGUAAAAGUACAUUACUACGACUGCUUGUACAAAAGUUGGUCCAUGGGCGUUAUACUGACGUCAAUAAUAUUGAAAACGAAGCAUAUGGGUCAAAUUUGGUGAAUUAUUUGGACUUGGACCCUGGGCAGCCUGAAUAUUCCAGCCCGGAAUCAAUUUCGUGGAAUAAAAUUACCUCAUCAUCGCUGUCAUUGGGCCAACAUAUGGCGCAGGGGAUGAAAGAAACAGUAAAAGAAAUAUAUUUAGGAUCCUCAUCUCCUCAAUCAUGGCCCGAAACAUACUUAAAGGCAACUAAGGCAAUACUUCAAAGCUGGGAUUCUGAAAAUUUAAUGGGAACCACGGUGUUGAAUUUACCGGGUUGGAUCAAAGGUUUCGGAGUCAAGAUUAUGAAUAGCGUAAUUAAGGACUUUAAACCAACUCAUUUAAUCCUUUUAAAGCAUAAGAACAGGCAAAUUUCAAAAGAGUUAAAAGUGCCGGACAAUUUUGAAACUGUACAGCGAGGGACGUACCAGCCGCACAUUAUUGAUGUACCGGCAUUUCACGAAAAUAUAGUGCCUGGUCGAUUACAGCAAGACCCUAGGUAUCACGCAUCGAACAUAAGGCACUUCAAAUUAUUGGCAUAUUUCCAUAAGCAAUCACGUUUUUCAUAUAAUCCUUUUCCGUUACUGAAGGCACCUCCUCUUCAAAUUGCAUUUGGGUCGCAAGGAAUAAGAGGGUUCCAGUUUCUGCACGAUUACUCGGAUAGAUUCCAUCAGGAUGACUUGGCUGGUGCUUUAGAAGGUUGUAUUGUUAGUAUUUAUUGCACACAGGAGCCUCCUCUGGUUGAAUACAAUGGAAUCUUCCCAAUGCAUAAGACUUCAAUUUUCUCUGCAGAAAUGAACUUCAUAGCUUUGGGCCUGAUCCACUCAAUAGAUUGCAGCCAGAAGUUCAUGAAUAUAUAUAUCCCAGAGCAUAAAAUUGACGAGUUGAAAUCAACUCGUGGACAUUUUAUCCUCGUUAGAGGUAACACUGAACUUCCUGUAAAUGAGUUAUACCCGUAUAGUGUUCUGGGAUCGUCAAAGAAAGAUGAUGUUCCAUACAUCGCCUUUGAUAAAAGGAAGAAGUUUGAUCAUGUCUGGAAGGUUCGCAAGAACGUAAUGCGAAGGGGACAUUUUAUGAAAUAG